AUGGACCAAAAGGGCGUCUUUCCUAUCCCGCAACAGUCGGAAGAUGGUGGAGGAGCUCCACACCAUGCCUCACCCCAGAUCACUACCCAAGAUGCCAACGCGUCUUUCCCGCGCAAAAAGCCAGGCCGCCCACCAAAACCAAGGCCGUUCCCGGGCCCACCUGCUCCAAAUGGGAAAAACAACUUCAUUAUCGUGGUGCACGCAAGAGUGGAUCGAGCAUAUCAACGAAUGCAAAAUUAUGAAAAGACGAAGGACCCUCAGAAAUAUGUGGUAGACAGAAAUCGGGCUCUCUACCAAAAGUGUUUGGCUGAGUAUGAGCACGAAUGCAAGGGUUCGUUCCGCAUUGAUCAACUGCCAAAAACUGCAGUGGCCCGGCAACUGCACCAAGAGGCACUGUCCAAGAUCAAGAAAAAAGAGGCAGACAUCGAAAAAAGUCUUGCCGAAAAGAAGUAUACACCCUCGGAUAAAUCGUGGUUGGUCAACGCCAAGAACGAGGAGAUAUAUCUUCGGGAGAUCCUACAGCGCUGCAUGGCUCGUGAUCGCGACGAUAUCCGCCGUCUUGAACAACAACAUCCACAGAACGCGGCUGGACUUAAGGUCGUCGCUGAUGUUGCUCCUCAAGCUCCACCUCGUUACCCCGGUUCUCCAAAUCAGCAACCUCCUCAGAACGCGGCUGGACUUAAAGUCGUCGCUGAUGUUAUUCCGCAAGGCUCAUCUCGUCACCCCGGAUAUAUGCAUCAGCAGCCUCGUCCCCCUGUAUUUCCAAACCAACAACCUUUUGCGGGGUUUUCGGGGGUCAACGCCGUCACGAAUGCUCCUUAUGGCGCUGCUGCUCGUCCUGCAUAUUGGGCCCCUGGUGCCAACAUGCAGCCUCAUCCCUCGGCCUCAUUUUGGGCUGACACCACCCCGUAUACUAAUCACAACGCGGGUUAUCCUCUUUCAUACUGGGCCCCUGCUGCUCCUCAACAGCAGAAUUAUCCCUUGGCCUCAGCAUGGAUCGGUCCUGGCCCAAACGCUUUUCACAAUACCGCUCCUCCCCUCGGUGGCGUGCCUGUUUCCAAUCAGCAGCAUUAUCCCUCAGCCUUCGUUGGGGCUGAUACAAUUCCGUAUCCCGUCCACAACGGCUCUUAUCCUCCUCCAUACUGGGCCCCCGUUGCUCCUAAUCAGCAUCAUCCAUCGGCCUCGGGUCCGGUCCAAAACGGACCGCAUGCUGUCCACGACACAAAUCUUCCUGUUCGCGGGCUACCCAGUUCUCGCCAACCAGAGCUCUUCACGCCCAGUCCUCCCCAAUUCGUGAGUCCCUCGAAUUCAACUGAGUCUGAUAAAAUCAUGCACUCUACGCCUGUUCCAAGUCCUUCUCGGAAGCGCAAGGCUCCUUGCGACACGAAUAUUUAUCCAAGUCCCACUCGCGAGAAAACGACUCCUCCCUCAGAGGCAGGCAACGUCCACUCACCCUCCGGUGAUAAAGGCACGCUUCCCCUCGUCCAGCCUGUGCCACAGACACUGACUGGUGCGAGUGCUAGGCCCGACGAGAGCGGUGCAGCUGCCUGUCAGGAGACAUUAUUGCGCGAUGCAUUCCUCCCUGGGAUGCCAGCUCAAGAACAGCAGCCUGCACAGGGACAGCAGUCGGGACAGGUACAGGGGCAGGACUUGAUCCCAGAACAGUCGUCUGUCCCUGAACUGUAUAUGCCCCCCGAGGAGGAUAUAGCAGCAUUGAUCGCUUUCAACAAUAGCUGUAUCGACCCUCGCCUCCUCACCUUGGCGCCUCCACAGGGCUCCCAGGAGGGCGAUCACUCGAUUCAGCACACGGCUGCCAGCCAGGGCCCAGAAUCCGCGCUCGAGCACGAGGAACCUAGCAACGGCGAUCACAUCGCCAUCAACGCGCAGCAGGGGCUUGCAGGUGAAGGGCAAGACCAAAGCAACAUGGCCGGCGGCGAUAAUCUUGGGAAUUUCCCAGCGCUAGUCGGAAUCGCCGGCCAGCAAGAACAAAUUGGGGGUGGUUGGGACGCUGGGCUUAAGUUUAAGUACCCGGCUCCGCCGGAGCAUUAA